UCUAGACUACAGGAAAUGCAGAAAGCGUUUAAGUUUGUUAUUGACGCCUACGCCAGAUUCAAGAUGUCCGCUGGAGACAACAGCGGCAGGCCUCCUUGCCUCAGUUUCUCUGGCUCGGGUCCUUUGGGGAACAGCCAGCCCAGCAACAGCGUUUUCUCGAUGCCGGCAUCCAACGGGGGAGCGGUGGGUGCAGCCGCUGGAGCUCAGGGAGCAGCGAGGCGCCCCAACCCGCAGCUGGGGCCUGUCGGGGGAGACAGCAGCGGCGCGUCGAGCGGAGCUCCGCCGACUUCUGCGCAGAACCCUCUGCAGCCGUCCGCUGCGGCAGCCGGAGCCAUGGCUUCUCCGGCGUCCAACAUGACCGCCACCGCGGCGUCAAACGCCUCCCAGGCGACCGCACCGACCGCCACACCGGCUGCCGCGUCCGUGCUGGUGUACCGAGAGCCGGUGUACAACUGGCAGGCGACCAAGAGCACCGUGAAGGAAAGGUUCGCGUUCCUCUUCAACAAUGAGGUGCUCAGCGACGUUCARUUCUUGGUGGGCAAAGGGAUGGGUGUUCAGAGAAUACCAGCUCACAGGUUUGUGCUGGCUGUGGGGAGCGCGGUGUUUGAUGCCAUGUUCAACGGUGGGAUGGCGACCACUUCUACAGAAAUCGAGCUUCCUGAUGUCGAACCAGCUGCCUUCCUGGCCCUGUUGAAGUUCCUGUACUCCGAUGAGGUCCAGAUCGGGCCCGAGACUGUGAUGACCACWUUAUAUACUGCAAAGAAGUAUGCAGUCCCAGCUUUGGAGGCUCACUGUGUGGAGUUCCUCAAGAAAAACCUCAGAGCAGACAAUGCCUUCAUGCUGCUUACACAGGCACGAUUGUUUGACGAGCCUCAGCUUGCCAGCCUCUGUUUAGAAAACAUCGACAAGAACACCGGAGAUGCUCUUGCUGCUGAGGGAUUCACAGACAUCGAUUUGGACACGCUGGUGGCGGUGCUGGAGAGGGACACUCUCGGGGUCCGAGAGGUGCGUUUGUUCGGGGCUGCGGUGCGUUGGGCCGAAGCRGAGGCCCGCAGGCAGCAGCUGCAGCCCACGCCUGAGAACAUGCGCAAAGCCCUGGGGAAAGCCCUCACGCUCAUCCGCUUCCCCCUCAUGACCAUCGAGGAGUUCGCCGCAGGUCCGGCCCAGUCCAAUAUCCUGACCGACAGGGAGGUGGUGAGCCUCUUCCUCCACUUCACGGUGAACCCGAAGCCUCGCGUGGAUUUCAUCGACCGUCCUCGCUGCUGCCUCCGUGGAAAGGAGUGCAGCAUCACCCGGUUUGGUCAGGUGGAGAGCCGCUGGGGCUACAGUGGAACAAGUGACCGCAUACGUUUCUCUGUAAACAGAAGGAUAUUUGUUGUUGGGUUUGGACUUUACGGCUCCAUACACGGACCCACAGAUUACCAAGUCAACAUACAGAUAAUCCACACAGACAGUAACACAGUGCUGGGGCAGAAUGACACAGGUUUCAGCUGCGAUGGGUCGGCAAACACCUUCAGAGUCAUGUUUAAAGAACCGGUGGAGAUUCUGCCCAAUGUCAACUACACAGCCUGCGCUACUCUUAAGGGUCCAGACUCUCAUUAUGGGACCAAGGGAAUGCGCAAAGUAACACACGAGUCAUCAUCCACUGGCACAAAGACCUGUUUCACCUUCUGCUACGCAGCYGGCAACAACAACGGCACUUCAGUAGAAGACGGACAGAUUCCUGAGGUCAUCUUCUACACAUAGUUACCUCAGCCAUCGCAGCCAUCCUCCAUCACGUGUGACAUCCUGACACCAGCGCGAGGCCGCACCUCAGCAGCCGUACUGAGGACUAAUCUGUCAGACUUCAUACUGUUUCCCCCGCCACACACAUUKUGCACAACCAUUAGCUGCAUGAGAGGACAGAUAGACGGGAGGCGAAUCGGGUUGCUUCGCGGGGCAAAGACUGUCAUUUUACUUGCCGUCUCCUUUGUGUUGUAGUUCUACCAGCUUCUGAAACAAACUUCACUGAAACCAGCUCCACCAGGAACUGAGAGGUGAAAGGAGGAGUCUCUCAGACUAUUCCCAGUACCUGUCACUGCUUUGACUGCAUAAGACUCAACACUGACUUCUAGUUAACACUCCUGCUGCCCUGGAGUCGUUGUUUGACCCCAGGGCAGCAGGAGGGUUAAGCUACAUGACUCUCCUUUCUGCACUCUGCAGUCACAGCUGUAUGAAUGUACAGUUUCAGAUUUGCCAAGAUGAGCUCCUCAUAGCAUUUAGUAUAAAGGAGUCUUACUCGACUCCACAAAAACUGUUAACUUCCAUAAACCAAUGGACCUCAAAAGCUUUAUGAAAUCUUGUCAAAUUUGAAUCAUACUUCCUAGUAGUCUUACAGAUAUCACUAUAAGAGGAGACUUUUUCUGUUAGUUUUUUUUUUCUACCUAACAGUAUGAACUGUGAUGUCUUUGCUUCGUAGUUGCCUAAAACCCAAUAUACAUUGCACUUCUUGGCCUUGCCUGUUUGUUUGGUUGUUCUAUGGAUGCACACUAACUCUUCAGAUGUGUUUUUUUAAGCUUUAUUUUCAAAGUGUGGGUGGAAGAGAUUUUCCUCUUGGUACAGAAGUUGAAGGGUUGUAUAUUAAAGUGUCAUUUAUUAACAUAAUACAUGUAACUUGAAGUAUCAAAUAAAAGGUUUGAAGAAAAAAAA